AUGAUACUCCGCUUCCAGAGCCGUAUUGGCCAGUUCCGCCUCACCGUCGACGCGGACCAGGAGAUUGCCACCAUCCUGCCCGACGUUCUCGAGAAGCUCCCCAAGGAUGUCAUCCCCGCCUCCGUCACCAUCUCCCCGAAGCCCCACGGCGCCGAAGUCCGACCCAUCGAGGCACUUAGGAACGUCCCGUUCAGUCGGAUAGGCCUGACACAUGGGACUAUGGUCUUCCUUGACUACAAGCAGGACACACCACACUCCAAUGGACACUCAGCGGCUGCCAACAAGCUCAGUGGCAAGGAGGUCACACCAGCAGAAGAUCAGUCGAGCGUCGCGAUACCCAAGGCACCCGAACUCGUCAAGAACCCAUGGGAGACGGUCAAGCAGUCAACACUCGACGACCGGUUAGACAGUCAGGAUGGCAAGAUUGUGCGGAAGAAGGAUGAGAAGCUGUGCAGACAUGGGCCCAAGGGCAUGUGCGAGUAUUGUUCGCCACUCGAGCCAUACGACCAGAGCUAUAUGGAAGAGAAGAAGAUCAAACACAUGUCCUACCACGCGUACCUCCGCAAGGUCAACCAGGGCAAGAACAAGUACGAAUCUGGCAGCUCUUACAUGCCUCCCUUGAGCGAGCCAUACUACCGCGUCAACCCAAACUGCCCCUCGGGGCAUCGCCCAUUCCCUGCCGAGAUCUGCACCAAGUGCCAGCCGUCUGCCAUCUCCCUACAACCGCAAGAGUACCGAAUGGUGGAUCACGUGGAGUUUGAGACGUUCGAGAUUGUUGACAAGUUCCUCAACUUCUGGCGGCAAGGUGGUGCGCAGCGGAUAGGCUUCCUCUACGGUCAUUACGAGCAGUAUGAAGAGGUACCUCUGGGAACCAAAGCGGUCGUUCAAGCCAUCUACGAACCACCUCAAGUCGAUGAGGUAGACGGUGUCACGCUGAGUGAUUGGGAGAACGAGGCGGCAAUAGACAAGCUGGCAGAAGAGGCAGGCAUGCAGCGAGUCGGUGUCAUCGUCACAGACCUCCUUAGGCCGGACGAUCCUGAGCAAGGCAACGCCGUCUGCAAGCGCCACAUCGAUUCCUACUUCCUCGCAUCCCUCGAAAUCUGCUUCGCUUCUCGGUAUCAAGCCAAGUACCCACGGCCCUCGAAAUGGAGCGAGACUGGAAAGUUCGGCAGCAACUUUGUGACGUGUGUUGUAUCUGGCGACGACACGGGCAACAUCGCAAUCUCUGCAUACCAAGCAUCCAACGCGGCAGUCGAAAUGGUCCGCGCAGAGAUCGUUGAGCCAUCUGCUCAGCCGGAAGUCAUGCUGGUGCAGGAUGAAGAGGAAGAGAACGCAGCUCUUGGUCGCAAGCGCUACAUCCCCGAAGUCUUCUACCGUCGAAUCAACGAGUACGGCGCCAACGUACAAGAAAACGCCAAGCCUGCAUUUCCCGUCGAAUACCUCCUCGUCACCCUCACACACGGCUUCCCGAACCAGACGAAUCCCAAGUUCAUUACCAACGCCUUCGCCAUCGAGAACCGAGAUGCCCUUGGAGAGCUACAAGAACCGAGAGAUCUGCAGAAGCAGCUCAGAGCUGGCGCCAACCGUGUCGCGCUCGACACUCCACAGGGUGUCAUUGCUGUAUCCGACUUCCACUUGCUCUGCUUCGUGCAGCACCUGGGGAUCUUGAGCGACGACGAGCUGAAGCUACUCUGCAAAGUCGCCAUCACACAUGACGCUUCUCUGGGCGCCACGCUCAUGCAUUCAUCAGGUUGGGCCACUCUCGAGACGAUCCUCUCACAGAUGUAG